CGGGAGGAGUGCAGGAGAGUCGCUGGGGUGGCCGGGCAGCCAGCGAGGCCGGAAUGGCGGCACCGCGCGGUCCACGCCGGGGAGCCGGGGCUGCCGGCCGGCGCUGCUUGGUGCUGCUGUGGCCCCUGCUGCUGGUGCUGCUGCGGGCGCGGCCGGCGGGGGCCCUGGUGGAGGGGCUCUACUGCGGCAAGCGGGACUGCUACGAGGUGCUGGGCGUGAGCCGCUCGGCGGGCAAGGCGGAGAUAGCGCGGGCCUACCGCCAGCUGGCCCGGCGCUACCACCCGGACCGCUACCGACCCGAGCCCGGCGGCGAGGGCCCCGGCUGGACGCCGCAGAGCGCCGAGGAAGCUUUCCUGCUGGUGGCCACCGCCUACGAGACUCUCAAGGAUGAAGAAACACGAAAAGAUUAUGACUACAUGCUGGAUCAUCCAGAAGAGUACUACAGCCAUUACUACCACUAUUAUAGUAGGCGCUUAGCCCCUAAAGUGGAUGUUAGAGUAGUGAUUUUGGUCAGUGUGUGUGCUAUUUCCGUGUUUCAGUUUUUCAGUUGGUGGAAUAGCUAUAAUAAGGCAAUCAGCUACCUAGCUACAGUACCCAAGUACCGUAUUCAAGCAACAGAGAUCGCCAAGCAGCAGGGACUCCUCAAAAAAGCCAAAGAAAAAGGCAGAAACAAAAAGUCCAAAGAGGAGAUUCGUGACGAGGAGGAGAACAUCAUAAAGAACAUUAUAAAAAGUAAAAUAGAUAUAAAGGGAGGCUAUCAGAAACCCCAAAUAUGUGAUCUUCUUCUGUUUCAAAUUAUCUUAGCUCCUUUUCACCUGUGCUCAUACAUAGUGUGGUAUUGCCGAUGGAUCUAUAAUUUUAACAUCAAAGGCAAAGAAUAUGGAGAAGAAGAGAGACUGUAUAUCAUACGUAAAUCUAUGAAGAUGUCAAAGUCUCAAUUUGAUAGUCUAGAAGAUCAUCAGAAAGAAACUUUUCUUAAACGGGAGCUCUGGAUAAAGGAAAAUUAUGAGGCCUACAAACAAGAACAAGAGGAAGAGUUAAAGAAGAAAUUGGCAAGUGACCCCAGAUGGAAGAGGUACAGGAGAUGGAUGAAGAACGAAGGGCCUGGACGGUUAACAUUUGUAGAUGACUAAAGAUUGGUGGAAAGCUGCUGUGCCAAACCUUAAUCAUGAUAUUAUUUUCAUAACUGAAUUAUUUAAAAAAUGUAUCAGUUAACUGCUAAAAUUCCUCAAAUAUUUGAUUAAAAAGAAUAAUGUAGACAUUUAAACUUUCCCUUAAAACUUUAUACAUAAGACAUUUAUGAUCAAUUUUUAUAAUGUUUGUGGAUUUUGUUAAAAGAUUUCACAUGAAGAUUUAUUAGUUGCCAUUUAAAAAUUUUAUAUGUUAAAAGAUCUGACAUGAAAAUUUAUUAGAUACCAUUUAAAAUUUUUA